UAACUUUAUGAGAUAAGAACAAAAUGAGACCGCUGCGAUUUGUAGAUGAAAAAGGCCCAGUUGAAAAAUCAAAAUCGUUAAGUAACUUAACUUAAGUUAUAGUAAUUUAUGUCCCAUAAUAGAAAAUUAUGCCGUGAUUAUACAAAUGAUGUUAUUUCCAGACAAAUUCAUAUCUACUUAAGUACACAAGCCGAAUUAAAAUGUUCGUAUCUCACACACAUGCACCUAAGACAAUACAUUUUGCGUUCAUUCUGUUUGCUUAUGAUCCAACAAUUCAAUAACAGAUGAUUUCAGUGUCAGCGUACAAUUGAAAUCGUGCAUUGGGACUUUUUGAAUAACACGAAGGAAGUCGUUAAUCAACGGAGUUAAGGAGAUUGUAGUUCAAUCAAUUAUUUUAUUAAAAAUAUCAGAAUUAUAACAACAAACUAAGUGAGAUUGGAUUUGUAACGUUAACGGUGAUGGAUGUCGUACGACUAACUUACGUUAGUUUCAAUAGAACAUUCAAGAAAGCAACAUUGCUGCGCAUUAACAAUUUCAUUUCACCAGGAUUAUCCACAGUUGGACAAUUGUUUUGGAGAACAUACCAGUUUUGUGCAUUUUCAUUUGGUCGAAUAAAGAGCAUCAAGACGACGACGAAAUCAAAAAUGGCUUUUGGGCCAACAAAUUUAAAUUGUGUAGUCAAACUUGUGCUUAUUUUUGGAAUGGUUCACAUGUCAUUGUGUGAUUGUCCCGUGGAAAAGCAAGAGAACGGAUUUUAUGUGCCAAAAUUGAUGAUGGGAGAGAAAAGGGAAUUACGUAUACCAUCUGUUAAAACAACUCCACCAAUAGAUUUGAAUGAUAUCAGCCUAACUGCACGGCCUAUACCAUUAGUAGAUGCAUUAACCUGUGAAGAAUUCCUCAGGACACCCAUUAUAACUGAUCUGUUGAGUUCACAAAAAGUGAAUCUCUCAGAUGACAGUCGAUCAGUAAUUACAAACACAAACGGCGGUGGCAUCCUUCAAUUCGGUGCUUUAAAAAUUGUAAAAAGUUAUCAAGCUUAUCAUGCUCUUCAAGUUAUCGGUACAAUGACGCCUGGUGGUUCUGAGGCACGAAAACCCGUAUUCGCCUAUUGGUUACCACUCGGUGGAUACGUUGAUGUACCGGUAAUUCCUGAAGAAGAUGAUCCAAAGUAUGUGUUUACGCCAGGUUUCAGUGGAGGAUCACUAGUUGCUGAUAUGCACAAUAUCAGCACACUUCGUAUUCAUCAUGUGGCCGGUGGAAAAGAGAACAAUGAACACGAAAACGAUGGCGACGAAGAGCAUGGAUUUUCGGCAGCAUUUGGAAUGGUCGGUCGAUUGUUGCAUUCCGACUAUGGAUUUCAUGUGAAUGUUGACACCUGUAAAUACGUCGAGAAUGGCAAAGCAUUUGCUUUCAUCAAAUUUGACAGUGGUAUUCAGCAUUGGGUAAUAACGUACCAGGGAAUUAUACACAUUCCAGUUAUAAAUGAAAUUAGCUUCGCACAGCGAAACAAUUGGAAGGUCAAAACGAAAUUCUCUGCAUCGACAAAAGUCGUUAUGGUUGACAGUAAGAUACUGGGCACACACACGGGUCACAAAGGAAAAAUCGUAGAAAAUCGCUGCUACUUUGGAAAAGUUUGAAGGGAGUACAAAGAGAUACUCUCGUAAUGCUAUUUAUAUGGACAGAUUUACAAUGAAAAUAAUACAUUCAAUUUGUUUUAGAUUCCAAUCCAGUGUAAUUAUUAUCGUACAAACAAAUAUAUAUAUGUACAAUUUUCGAAUAAAUACAUUUCAUUGCAAUAAAAAGGAAA